GUCCUACAAGAAGAAAGGGAAAAUAAUACUGAAUCAAUUAUUGAUGACUAUAAAAAGAUGGGGACUCUCUUUGGUGAACUCAACAAAAGCCUCAUAAGAAUAGGAUUCACAAGGAUGUAUUUUGGAGAAAGGAUUGUAGAACCUGUAAUAAUCCUGUUCUUCUGGGUUAUGCUCUGGUUUCUUGGAUUACAAGCUCUUGGAUUGGUGGCUGUCCUGUGCCUUGUUAUUAUAUAUGUUCAGCAAUAAAAGACACUGGAUAGACUAUUUCAUAUCUUGAUGGAUUUACAUACUUAGCUGAACAAGAGUGGUAUUACUACAAAUUAUUGUGCUGAAUAUUAUGUAGCCAUUAAAUGUUUGCAUGAGGUUUUUUCUUCCAAUCUUUGUCAUUUAAAAAGAAAAAGCAUUCUUAUCUGUCAUGAAUAGUUGAGUAAAAGAUUCUCAGUAUGAGGCAGUGUAGUCAAAUCCUUCAUUUAGUAAAUCCUAUUACUAAGUGGAAGAAUUCAAAUUUUAAGAGGUGUGGAAGUACAAACAUACUUUUCAUUGUAUGAAUGGUGCUUUUAUAUUCAUGUAACAACUGUUUUCAAAAAUACCUUUUAUAUUAAAACUAAAUGUUAAAAAGCCAAUUUUAUGAGCUCUGGUGUUACAUGAUUUUUUAUCACCAAUCUCCUUGCAAAAUUCUUUACUGAUGUGUGAAUGCAUAGGAACUCAUCUUAAGCAAAUCUGUUUUUGUAUAACUAGCGUGAUUAAUGAUUUGUAAAUGUAUUAGAAAAAUGUCAGUCUAAACAUUCUUAAAGACAGUAAAUCUGGUGAUUUUUUUUCCAUUUUUUUAUUAUGUGUGUAUUUAUAUAAAAAAAGUUCUCUUGAAAUAAAUUAGGAUUUUUCCGUUCUUUUUAAUGGACUUCUCCUAAUUUAUCUCAGUUUAAUUAUUUUAUUGCAGUCUCAGCAGACAGAUUAUAAGUGCAAGCUACAUAAAGUAUUUUUGCUGAAUUUGUCCACGUUUUCCCCCUUUUAAAUGAGUAUUUUGGGGAGAAGAAAUAAAUACAUUUCCUAGUUACAAAAUCAAGGACUGAUAUGUAUUGAGCCAAAAUAUUACUAACAUUCUUUAUCAAGUUUACUUUAUAAUGUAAAUAUUCACUGCAGAGAACUUAUUAGACCAGACACUGCACUGUUUUAAGUUAUUUAAACGUAAUUGAUAAGUUGAUAAACAGCUUGAACAGUUCCUCCUCAAAGCCAUGCUUCCUGUAAGUUUGUUAAGUCAGUAUCUCUUGUGUAACUCUAGAACCCAACUGAUUUUUUUUAGUGAAGCUCUUUGUGUCUCUUAAAGUAUGAUGGUUAUGAUUACAUUGAUUUACCAUGUGAAAUUUUUUUUGAAGGGGAAAAUUGGGAUAAUAAGUAGUUUAUCCAUCAUAACUAUAGAAAUGCAUUGCCAAAUAAAUUAAGUUCACAAAUGAAAAGUCCUUUCUACCAUGUUUACCAUAUCAAGAAUCCAAUGCAGAAGUAAAAUUUGGAAAUUCCUUUUUAUAUGCAAGAUUACUAUGUCAUUCUUAUACUGUUCCAAGUCUGGUACAGAUUUAUGAAGAAAUAUGUAUGAAAAUAUUGGCAUAGCAAUCUCCUAACCAGAUCAAUGAUUUAUAGACAUUAAGGAAGAUCACGACUGGAUAAAAACUAGCUUUCAUGAUAUUUGCUAUUUAUGGUAAUAUAAAUUUAUCUUUAUACUUUAGCUGUUCUAGGUAGGAUAUUUUAAAAUAUUUGUAGCUGAAAUUGCCUUUUGUUACUUACAUUUAAGAUAAAUUCCAGUCUCCAUUUUAAUAGUCAAUUCUUCUUUCAUUAAAGUCACCAGUUUUUUUCUUACCCAUAUAGUUCAUGCAAAGAUUUUUUUUUUAAAUUAAAACUUGCUAAUUUAUUUUGUUGUAUUUUUAAAAAAUAUCACUGUUCUGUUGAUGUAACCCUAUCUAAACAAUCUACAAAGAUUAUUGAUUCGGUAAUAAAGAACAAUGAAUUGUUUUGUAUCUUGGGUGGCUGUUACCGCUCUCUGAUAUCUGAAGGUUCUCACUUUUUGGGAGGAAGCAGGAUAAUGUGUUUCAAUGAAAUGUCAGAGUAUAUACAGAAAAACCAGCUUCUCUUUGCAAUCAGUAUAGCUGGGUGUUAAAUUCUAUACCCUUUUUUAGGUACAAGAGCCAGCUCCAGUUUAGAACCUGAAGAAUGCCUUUAUAGGUAUUCAGAAGACUAAUUAAAAAAACUUACUGCUGGUGAAUUAAGUGCAAGUACCCUAAGAAUUAUUUUCAAAUUAUUUUCAAGUAACUACUCAGUUCAUAUCUGUAGUAUGUGUGUAUAAUAUAUACUGUAGGUGUGUGAUUGAUUGAUUGAUUGAUUGUAUUUAUGGCCCAUCAUUUGGCCUAUUACAAUGAUUUUAGAGUGUGAUUGCACUUUUUGGAAUAUUUUGAUCUUAAAUGAAACUUCCGUUAUUUUGAUCUUUACUUACUACCAUUCUACUAUUUAUAACUCUAAUAUGUUUUGGAAAGGAAUGGAGCAAAUAUAUACUUAUUUUAUAUGAAUUCUUGACUGUACAGUACACCGAAGAGCCAUGCACUAUGGUUUAAUUGACAGGGAUCCUUGCUGAAACUCAAAAUACGUUACCAGAUUGGGGAUGAAAAUCAGUAUUAGAUGUUCAGGAAGAUUCAAUCAGACAUGGAAACUCACAGAUUCUUUUGAAGGUAUUUUCUGAUCACAGAUAAGCAGUGGUGGGAUUCAAAUAAUUUAACAACUGGUUCUCUGCCCUAAUGAUUUCUUCCAACAACCAGUUCACCAAACUUCUCAGAAAGUUAGCAACCGGUUCUCCGGAAGUGCUAACUGGCAGAAUCCCCCCACUGCAGAUAAGGUUUUGCUCUAAAAAAUGUAACACCCAAAAUGGUUUUAAUAUUCAAUUAUUUCCUCAGAAAUGUUUGUAUGAAAUUAUGCUUCUACAAAUUCAGAUUUUUUUCAAUAAAAUUUCUUUUGGCUUAAAAA